GGCUGGUUCCGCAAGUUUUUGACAGUUUGUGAGCGGCGCAGGGCGAAGUUGGGUCGGUUCCGGCGGUGCGGGUUUGCGGCCGAAGCGCUCCGCGGAGAACGAGGCUGUCCCCGCAGGCACCAUGUCGCGGGACCCCGAGGAGGUGAACAAGCUGACGGAGAGCACGUACAAAAAUGUAAUGGAACAAUUCAAUCCAGGACUGCGGAAUUUAAUAAAUCUCGGGAAGAAUUAUGAGAAAGCUGUUAAUGCUAUGGUAGUGGCUGGAAGAUCAUACUAUGACAGCCUUGCAAAGAUUGGGGAUAUAUCAGCAGAUUCGCCUGUUUCCAGAGAGUUAGGCCAAGUUCUGGUAGAAAUUUCAAGAACGCACAAGAAACUCAAUGACAGUCUAGAGGAAAGUUUUAAGAAAUUUCAUAAGGAAAUUAUAUCUGAACUGGAGAGGAAAACAGACCUGGAUGUAAAAUACAUGACCGCAACUUUAAAGAGGUACCAAACCGAACACAGAAGUAAAUUGGAUUCCCUGGAGAAGUCUCAGGCUGAGCUGAAAAAAAUCCGAAGGAAAAGCCAAGGAGCACGAAACAUGAUGAAAUACGAGCAUAAAGAAAUGGAGUAUUUGGAAACCGUGAGCUCUCGACAGACUGACAUUCAGAGAUUUAUUGCAGAAGGCUGUAGAGAAGCUCUACUUGAAGAAAAAAGAAGAUUCUGCUUUCUAGUUGACAAGCACUGCAGUUUUACCCAGCACAUGCACUUCUAUCACGCUCAGUGUGCAGAAUUCCUCAAUGCCAAGCUGCCUGGGUGGCAGGAAAUCUGUAGUGAUGCCACCAAAGUUCCUGAAAAGGUCAAAAUGAUGAUUGAUGAAAUAAGGACACCUGGUUCCACUCCAAUAUCAGGAACUCCGCAGCCUUCACCAAUGAUAGAGAGAAACACCGUGAUUGGAAACAACUUUUAUGCUCACAAUGAAAAUGCAUCAAAGGUGCCCCCUGCUCCUGUUGGCAGGGCGUACACCAGCCCACUUGUGGACAUGUUUAACAAUCCUGCCACGGGCCCAAAGGUGUCUCCUGAAAGAGCAACCAAUGCAGCAGAGAAUUCAGAUGAUGCCAGUUUAUCGCGCUCAACUUCAGUUGCCACAGGGCUGAAUAUAAUGAAAAGGCAGAAAGUGAAGACGAUCUUUCCACACACGGCUGGAAAUAACAAGACUUUACUUAGCUUUGCACAGGGAGACACCAUCAUACUUCUUGUAUCUGAAGAAAAGGAUGGCUGGCUUUAUGGGGAACAUGAGUCAACCAAAGUAAAAGGAUGGUUUCCAUCAUCGUAUACUAGACCACUAGAAGAAACAGAAGAAAAAGCCUUUGUUCCAGUGCCAAGCACUGCGCCGGUUAGAAGUAUCAGUUCAGUCAAUCUUGCAGAAAAAGCUGGUGUUGUCCUCCCGCCACCAGACUAUCUGGGUUCAACUCCAGAUAAGAGAAUGGAGUCUUCCAAAGGUACUGCUGCUAAAACACCAGCUGAGAAACCAGAAAGUGCAGGUCCGAAACCCAACAUGAAUGGCAUUGUAAAACCACCCUUUCUAAGUGGAGAAAAUCCUUUUGCAACUGUGAAACUCAGACCAACAGUGACAAACGACAGAUCAGCGCCCAUUAUCCGAUGAAUAGAUGACCCCUAUAAAUAUUUCCUCCUUACAAACAUCAAUUGCAGUAAUGACAAUUGCUAUCUAAACUCGUUCUAAAAAUUAUUUAAGUGUAAUUACUGUAAAAUAGAAUCAUACUGGUAUGGAUUUCUGAUUUUUAAAAGCAUUCCUUCUAAUGAGGCUGUUGCUUUGGGCUAUGAUGGAGCAGCUCAGCUUGGUUCUACAGUACGCCUUCUGCAUGGGAUGGAAUUGUGGAGAUCCUGGAGAUCGUCUGGAUGCUCCAGGCAAUCUGACUAAAAGAUCACAGAUCUGAGGACUUGGCAUUUGUUGUUUGGAAAUUGCCACAGUAAGCUGUAGAACGCAGGCCUUGCCUAUGCCACUUAAUUAGAAAAAGCUGAUUGAUUUUUUUUUAAUACAGCAAUGUACCAACUGCCUUAUUCAGGCGUAGAGAUUUGUCUGUAUACAGCAGCAACACAUUAUUUUGUUUAAAAAGACUCGUGGUUAUAAAUAAAUAUUUAUCCUCUAUGCAUAUGUAAUGCUUUGCUUAAUGGCAGAUACAAGUUAUAAAAUGUUAACGUAAACCUAUUUUAGAUCUCAUAUAUUGUCAACAUUCUUCAACAAUAUAUAUAUUUUUAAACACACCAUCAAGCUUCAGUCACAUAAAAGUCUCACAGUACAAGUGCCAUGCUUUUCCUUACACCACUACUACUGAAGUGGUUCAUUGCUCUGUUAAUGCAGCCUUGUAAGGUUGGCUUUCAUGUGAAGGAGCCGAGCUGUGGCACAAAUGGCAGCAGAACGCAGCAUCUCACCGGGCAAAAUAUAACUGAUACACCUAACUUCAGUCCCAGGUUGUGCCUCACUACAGGCUUUGAUUUCCUGCAUCAGAUAUAGCUUGUCUGAAGAACUCUCUUCCUACUGUAAUAAUCACCUUAGAAAUGAGCCUCGCAUCUUACAGCGUCUCUUUAUUCUGCACAAGGUUGAGCACAGUAUGGCUGUACAGCACAGAGCUGCCUCCCAGCUGCUGUACAGCGUGUUUCUCUGACCUGUCCCAGUGCUCAGCCCUCACUCUUGGUCAUCCCCACCUUCCAUAAGCACAGCGCACACUCCUGCAGCACCCCAGGGCUGCUCCUAUGGUGGCUGUGACAGAAAAUGCCUUUGGUUACUGGGUGUGAAAAGCAGCACAGGAACCUGCUGGCUGCAGAUCAGUGCCCCUCAUUCCACCUCCUCCCCUUGCACUGCCUGCCAGGUUUGUUGGCCAUGCAACCUUCUGUGAGUGCCUCACAGCCACCUGCAAACACAUCUCAAGGGCAUAACUCACACCUGAGCCAGAACAUUAGAAAGGCAAAUCAAAGACCAUAAGCCUCCAACAGUUCCUUAUCAGAAUGAAACAAUGACAUGCCUAAACCUUUAUUCUUGCAACUGAGCAGUGCCUCAGCCUCUCUUCUUGGGCAAGCAUUCCCUUCUGCAGCCAGAAACUAGUGGUGGUGUAGAAACCACUGCUGCAGCAGGUAGGACUUGCUGCUGCAAACCCUUGGAGAUAACACUCGUGCCCUCAGCAGCACCUGCCCUCACUAAACCAAGGCUCUGAGCAGCCUUCUGCAGAUGGAAGAUAUGCUCACCCACACCUAUUCCAUGGUGGUAGCACAGACAGCAUUCGCACCGCUUUCCUCAAAAGCCUGCAGAUGAAGGGAUCCACCUGGGGAGGCAAAUACAUCCCCUCACCUUACAUGUACAACCCAAACAC